ACCCACCCUGUUCCAAUCCAAGAGGGCAAAGGAGUCUCCUGCUAUCCUGUAAGAGGCUGAAUAUGUCCAUCUUUGGGUCCACAUCUGGCCCCUCGUCUGUGGCCUGGAAGCCCGACAAGAGGAGCUUUACCUCUCACAGGUGAGUAAUGACAGAUGUCCACUCUCCCUUCCUUGGCAUGAUGCUCCCUGUACUUGCAAUUCCAGGUGGAGUUGUGCUCAACCCUGCUUACUACGGCGUGCAGGGCCACACCAACACCAUGAUCCAUGAGGUGGGGCACGUCCUGGGGCUGUACCACGUCUUUAAGGGAGUGAGCGAGCGGGAAUCCUGCGACGAUCCCUGCAGGGAGACCACGCCGUCCAUGGAGACAGGAGACCUCUGUGCUGACACUGCCCCCACCCCCAAGAGCAAGCUGUGCCGGGAUCCAGACCCUACCAACGACACCUGCGGCCAGACACACUUCACGGGGACGCCCUUCAACAACUACAUGAGUUACACAGAUGAUGACUGCACCAACAGCUUCACCCCCAACCAGGUGGCGCGCAUGCAUUGCUACCUGGACCUGGUGUACCAGCGCUGGGGCCACAGCAGGAAGCCGGCGCCCGUCCCCAUCCCUCCCAUGGUCACCGGGCAGACACAGGAGUCCCUCAGCAUCCACUGGCUGCCUCCCAUCAGCGGGGCCAUCCACGAGAGGGAGCAGGACACGCUGUGUGACAGCUGUGCUGAGGACGGCACCUUCCGCCAGUACGUGCACCAAGCCUCCUCCCCUCGCGUCUGCGACUCCUCGGGCUACUGGACCCCAGAAGAGGCAGAAGGCCCUCCAGACGUGGAUCAGCCGUGUGAGCCCAGCCUGCAGGCCUGGAGCCCGGAGCUGCACCUGUACGACAUGAACAUGACGGUGCCGUGCCCGCAGCCGGACGGCUGCAUCCUGGAGCUGCGCUUCCUGCACCCCGUGCACCCCGACUCCCUCACCCUCUGGACCACGUACCUGUCCACGGGCUCCCCCAAGGCACUGUCUGACAUCGAAAUCCUGACAGAGCAGGGGGACUCCAUCCACCUGGGCCCCCUGGACACCUUCUGUGACGUCCCCUUUACCGUGAAGCUCAAUAUCCCCAAAAAGAUGUCUGGAGUGAAAAUCUACACGUUUGACGAGAGGAUGGAGAUCGACACCGCCCUGCUGACGUCCAGGCCCCGCAGCUCGCUGUGCUCGGCCUGCAGGCUGGUCCAGUACCGGGUGCUCCGUGAGCCCCCGUUUGCAGGCGGGUCCCCCGCCAGCCCCCUGCAGGCACACCGCCACUUCGUGGACACGGAAGUCACCCCUGGGCAGGUGUACCACUACCAGGUGCAGGUAGUCUCUGGGACAGCCUCAGGAGAAGCCUCCCCACCGCUGGUCCACGUGCACGGAGCACCCUACUGUGGGGAUGGGAAGGUCACCACGAGCCUGGAGGAGGAAUGUGAUGAUGGGGACUUGCUGGAUGGAGAUGGUUGUUCCAGGAAGUGCAAAAAGGAAAAAGGCUUCAACUGUGUCGGGGAGCCAAGCCUGUGCUACGUCCAUGAUGGGGAUGGUGUGUGUGAACCCUUUGAGAAGACAAGCAGCAUGCUGGACUGUGGUCCACACACUCCUGAGGGAUAUGUGGACCUGUGGGCAGUGAAAGCCUACGCCUCCCUACAGGAUGCAAAGUCCUGCCCUGCUUCCUUAGUCACUGGAGAGCCUGUUGUGAAGGUAUGCAAAUCCCACCUUCGUGAGGUGCCAAAGGACCUUCUGCAGGCUGCUUGGUUCCCCUGUGCUCCCAAGAGCCAAGAGGAUGCUCAGGACCCAAAUGAGAAGAUGCUCUUGGGCGAUGAGGGGGUUUGGCUCAAGGUUUGCUUUGAGAGACCUGCAGUGCCCACAUCUGUCCUGCUCUUCCUGGCCUCCCCUGGCACUGUCCCCAGCCAGCAGCACAAGCCGGUGGUCGCCGUCCAGCUGAGUGACACCGAGGGACAGAACCACUCUUUGGGGGUGCACGAGCUGUCGUGUCAGCACAACCCCCUCAUCAUCAACGUGACCCAGGGCCAGGAGGACCCACCCCCCCAGGUCUCUUCGGUGCUUCUCAACUUCUCCUCUGCCCUCGUGGGCGUCGCGGCCGUGGCCCUGCGCACCCUGGCUCAGCCUGGCUCCUCUCAGCCCCUCACCACCUGCCUCCUGCAGCACGAGCAGGGAUGUGGCCACCAGUGCUACAGCUGUGCCCACGGUGCCUGCGCGGGGUCAGGCGCCUGCGCGCAGCCCGUGCUUGCUCACGCUGCCACCCUCCGCUGCAGCUCGGACGGCCCCAGGCACAUGGUGUGCUCUGUCUCCUGUGAAAAGGGCUUCGUCCUCCACUCCACAGGGGGCAAGAGGCUGGGCUCCACCGAGCAGGAGGUGGUGCUGACAUGCAGCUCAGGACAGUGGGACAGAUCUGUGACCUGUGAGCCUGUUGACUGCCGUGUCCCUGACCAGUCCCACGUGUACUACGCCGAGUUCUCCUGCCCUGUGGGGACCACCUACCUGCAGAGAUGCUCCUUCUCCUGCAUCCCCCCAGCCAAGCUUCAAGGAACAAACCAGUGGCUCACCUGCCUGGAGGACGGCCUCUGGUCGCUGCCCGAAGCCUACUGCAAGCUGGAGUGCGCCGCGCCGCCCGCCGUGGCCAACGCCAGGCUCCUGGUGCCCCGCUGCCUGCAGGGCAACCACGACGUGGGCUCCGUCUGCCGCUACAAGUGCAAGCCUGGCUACCACGUGGCCGAGAGCACGGCAGACAGGCCUAAGAAGAAGUUCCUGAAGGUCCAGUGCCUGGAGAGUGGGCAGUGGGAAGAGGGGCACUGUGUCCCCGUGGUUUGCAAGCCCCCGCCGCCCGUCUUCGAGGGCAUGUACAACUGCACCCAGGGCUUCGAGCUGGACAGCCAGUGUGUCCUCAACUGCGAGCAGCAGGGACAGCAGGUUCCCAUCGUCUGCACUAAGGAGGGCUCAUGGACAGAGGAGUUCAAACUGUGUGAGAGCUUGCAGGGCAGCUGCCCACCGCCUCCGGAGCUGAACUUCGUGGAGUACAAGUGUGAGCAGGGGCAUGGCAUAGGUGCAGUGUGCAUUCCUUCCUGUGUCAUUCCUCCCAGUGACCCUGUCAUACUGCCCAAAAACGUCACUGCUGAGACAAUGGAUCACCGGCUGCAGCCCACCAGAGUCCAGGACAUCGUGUGCACGGGCAGGCUGCGGUGGCACCCGGACCCCGCCGUCAUCCACUGCAUCCCGUCGUGCGAGCCCUUCCAAGCAGACGGCUGGUGUGACACCAUCAACAACCGGGCAUACUGCCAGUACGAUGGCGGGGACUGCUGCUCCUCCACACUGUCCUCCAGGAAGGUGAUCCCGUUCGCCGCUGACUGCGACCAGGACGAGUGCACGUGCCGUGACCCCGCGGCCGAGGAGAACCAGUAGCAGCACCACGAGGGGCCUCUCUGGGUCGGGCCGCGCCGGAGGAGCCCAGGGGCACCCCUGGGGAUGGCGGGGCAAGGGGGCAGGAGCCUGAGGGAGAGCCGGCCAGGGCCGUGGCUCCAGGCCACCGAGGAGCCCCGGAGGGCGGGCACGUGGUCCCCUCCCCACCGCUGCUCCCUGCAGAAGGCAGGCGAGGCGCUCAGCCAGGGGUCUGGGGCUGCCUCAGCUGGGGUCUGCCCACGCCAGGAUGCUGCUGUGGAUGUUGGUCCUGGUCUGGCUCCUGGGUGUCUGUCUUUGCUCUGGGUUUUGUCACUAUUCACCCCUCUCUGCUGUACAGACUUCUUUUAGCAAGGUCGAGGUAGUUGUGAU